ACCACUCACCACUGCUGUUUGUUUCUAGAAAUGAAAUACAAAGAACCGAAUUUCACACUGAGAAGAACAUUUAAAGUGGAAAAUACAGGGCAGCUGCAGAUUAAUGUGAAAACAAUGGAAAUCAGUGGCUACACAUGUGAAGGAUAUGGAUUCAAAGUAGUUAACUGUCAAGAAUUUGCACUAAGUGCCAAUGCCUCUAAAGACAUUGUCAUAUUGUUUACACCAGAUUUCACUGCUUCCAGAGUUAUACGUGAAUUAAAAUUCAUCACUGCGGGAGGCUCUGAAUUUGUAUUUAUCUUGAACGCAUCGCUUCCAUAUCACAUGUUGGCAACGUGUGCAGAAGCGCUCCCCAGGCCCAACUGGGAACUGGCACUGUACAUAAUCAUCUCAGGAAUAAUGAGUGUACUCUUUCUCUUGGUAAUUGGAACAGCCUAUCUAGAAGCUCAAGGAAUUUGGGAGCCAUUUAGAAGACGCUUGUCCUUUGAGGCCUCAAAUCCUCCCUUUGAUAUGGGAAGGCCACUUGAUCUCAGGAGAAUAGUUGGAAUUUCAUCUGACGGAAACUUGAAUACACUUGGAUCGGAUUCUAAUCACAGUUCAUCCAGAGGAAUUUAUGGAGCAGGCAGUUCAUCUUCACGAUCCGGUGCAGGGAAUCAUAAGCAAUGCAAUGCAACAGCACACCUUCACAGCAAUAGAAAUGCACCUGAUGUUGAAAACAUCAAAUCCAAAACCAAUUCAAGUAUACCUAACAGGACUUCAGCACAAGCCGCUUCCAUGCAGUCAGUGAACAGAACGGGCUCCUUUAGCUUGGAUUCAGGUGCCACAGCUCAGACUCAUGCCGCAGGCAAAAGAGCCAAGGGGACGAGGCAGAACCAGCAGCUGAUACAGCAGCAGGCACCAGCUUUGGCAGAGCAGCCCCUCCAGCAACCCCCAGCAGCCGUGCCCCAGCAGCAAGAGCAACAGACUGAAAGUGCUUUGCCACAGCUCCCGCUGCUCAGCCCACCUCACAGUGAAUGUGCCAGCAGCAGAAGGCACAGCUCCGAGGAUUCAGAUCUCACUGGGCUCAUAGAAACUAUGGAAAAAGACUUUGACCACCCAGAAUCCCCUUCCCCUGAUGUGUUUACAGAACAGCCCCCAUCUCCACUAGCAAAAAACAAAGGAAAAGGGAAAACAAUUCAGCGCAAGGCUAAGCCACAGAAGAAGCGGGAAGAAAAGGACAGAAGAGGGAAAGGAAAGCAACAGGAGGAUGAGCUGAAGGAUUCCUUGGCAGAUGAUGACAGUUCUUCAACCACAACAGAAACCUCCAACCCAGACACAGAACCACUUCUCAAAGAGGAACCUGAAAAACAAAAGGGAAAAGUUAUAGCAGAAAAACCUGAAAAUGAAAUAGUCCCAGUAAAACAGAAAACCAAAAAAGUGAUURCAAAUACCAAGAAAGAAAUCCCUAUAGAUGUGAAAACCAGUCCCUUGGAAUUGUCUUAUACUCCCCCACUGGAAAACAAACAGCGCAAAACCUUUCCAUCCAAGAUCUCUACACAGCACCUUUUGUCAAGUGGCUCUAAAUCAAGAAACCUCCCCAAAACAAGAGGUCCAAGCAGUAAGCUAACAGAGAGCAGACCAUCAGUAUUAGCAAAAUUUCUCCCCAGUGGUUCUGGACAGGAGCUAGGAAACACCAGCAGCUCAGAAGGGGAAAAGGAUUCUCCACCACCGGAGUGGGACUCUGUGCCUCUCCACAAAGCUGGCAGCUCUACAGAYAACCUCUAUAAGCUCUCUCUGCAAACCCUGAAUGCAGACGCUUUCCUGAAGCAGCGACAGCCCUCUCCAACACCCGCCUCUCCAUCUCCACCUCCUCCUCCCACAUCCUUUGCUUUYGGGCCACGAGGAGGCACUUACAGCAGCAUCGUGAACAGCAGCUGCAGCAAUGAAACAAAAAACAAGCAGCCUAAUGGUACCAAACAUAAGCUGGCAAAGGCAGCUUCUCUUCCAGGCAGGAAUGGAAACCCCACUUUUGCUGCUGUAGCUGCAGGUUAUGACAAGAGUCCAGGGGGCAGUGGUUUACCAAAGGUUUCUCCAAGCAAGGCAGAUGUUUCCAGCAAUAUCAGCAUUUCCCAUGCAGUUGUUGACAGUGAUGGCUCUGACAGUUCGGGUUUGUGGAGUCCUAUGAGCAAUCCGAGCAGUCCUGAUUUCACACCUCUCAACUCCUUCUCUGCAUUUGGAAAYUCUUUUAACUUAACUGGAGAGGUUUUUAGCAAGCUUGGUUUAGCUCGAUCUGCUUAUGGGCAGGAUGUUCAGAGAAACUGGRGCGAAUUCAGUAAUGUUCCAUCAUCCAUCUGGGAUCCUUCAGCUACAGAUUCUGUACCCUCCUGGCCAACAAGYUCAAGUUCCCCAACUCAUACAACUGCAUCAAUCCUGGGCAACCCCAGUGGCCUGUGGUCCACCACUCCAUUCAGCAGUUCCAUUUGGUCGAGUAAUCUCAACAGUGGCCUUCCCUUCACCACUCCAACAAAUGCAUUGUCAGGCAUUGAUCUCAUGGGUAGUGAAAACUCCGCCGCUGCUCCGCCGCCRCCUGCUGCUGCCACCGUUGCCAAUCCUGCUGAAGACAUGGGACAGACCUACAAUCCUUGGAGAAUUUGGAGCCCAACAAUUGGAAGAAGAAGUUCAGAUCCUUGGUCAAAUUCCCACUAUCCUCAUGAAAACUAAAGCAAAAAGAACACUUAUUCAGGUCACGAUACAAUUCUGAAUGCAAAUUUUUGAAACAUCAUUUUCAGGCCGUUGCAUCCCCCCUCCCCAAUCCCCCUGUCAKUCAUGCUUUCAUCACUUGCUCCUUUUUAAAGUCUGUCCUGCAAUAUGGUAGUGUGAGGUUGCAGAUAAGCUUGGAAAUGUCUGGGUGUGGUCACAAAUCCCAACUAUGGCUGAAGCCUGUAAAUAUGAACAGUUUCACUGGUUUCAUAUUUUACCAUCUGCCAUCUUUAUUUAGGAAACAAUUUGAACUCUAAAAUGGUCCUGGCAUGCAAUAYUUUCAUGAAAAGUUUGGGGUUUUUAAUUUUUUCCAGUGUUAUCCUCCAAGUUCUAAUUUAAAAUCAAAAGGCACUUUGUGCUAAAAUGCAGAGUAUUUUUUUAAAAUAAGGCUGUCUUUGUUAACACAGGUUGUAAGAAUGUAAAAAAGGAAAAAAAAUCAACAAAAAAUACCAACAAAACCAACACAAAACCUUAAGAGCAAAGUGGCUGAAUGUAAGAGCAUUCUGUUGAGACUGUAAAACACUUUGUGCUGUUUGUACAUUUGUAAACCUGAAUGCAUUUUUAAGUUGAACUGAAAUGCACACAGCCAAGACUUGUGCAAGAAACAAGAUACCAUGUGCAUUUCUUACAGAUACAACUUUGGGUUGUACUUUAAAAUAAAUAUGCUUUUUUCAAGA